UCUCUCUCCAUUUGCUCUACUAUUCUGGUAUGGCUACAGAAAUGAAAAUCGAGAGGAAAUCGUCCAUAGAAAAGGAGCCCCUAACUCUAUUUUUUGAUCAGAUACAGUACGCCAGGGAAGCUGCUUUAUAUGUGCUCAGCACCAAGACGAUGGAGGAGGCUCUCCGUAUUUUUACUGAAGGUUUGCAGCCGGUGCUGAAAAUUAGCAAAAACGAGAUGGAGAUGGAAGAUACGGAUUUAUCAGACCUCAACGGCGAAGAUGACAGUUUUCUCCUUCUGGAUGAAUUCCAUGACAUCAGUUCUGCACCUUUCUAAUGAAGUUUUAUAUAGAGUUGUUAUAUAUAAAAAUAAUGUAAAUCUGUCUUCCUCAAGCUUUUCCCAGAAUGCAGCAAGACAGAUG